GUUGAUGGCUUUUGUGAAAAAGCUUCUGGGACACCUCUUGACAGGUCAUCAUAAUCAUCGAGGUGCGGAAAUUGAGGAACCGGCAAGCGCCCGAUCAGUUCCAAUCCUUUUCAUGCUCUUGGUCCUCACUUGUUAAUCCUACAUCCAUUCGGUUCUUUUUAGGCCAAUGCUUUUCUUUCUUCCCUUCAAUCAUGGUACCUCUGUCUAUGUGUAUCUGUAAGAUCUCUGUACUUGGAUUCUCUUUUUCUCAUGUCUUCCUCUUGGAAAUCCUUGGACUAUUUCUAUGUGGGAUCUGAACAUGUUCUUGGAGAAUUGAAAUGUGAUAUAGGAAUUACUUUCCACCAUGCUUGCAGCCUUUCAUCUGUUUUAAAAAAUAUUACACAUUGCCUUGGCAGCUUUCCUUUUUCUCAAAAUAGGCAUAUAACAAUGACCAAUCCACCCCUUCACUUAUGCUGCUUGUGAGGAGUUGGUCGAAGUCUUCUAGGGACAAAGUACAGGUUUUCAUUCAGGUUGAAGCAAAAGCUUAUAGAAAACAAUGGAAGAGGAUAGGAGAUUCCUAGGCACUUGCAUCCUUUUUCUCCUUCAUUAAUGCCACUUUGUGCUAUAUUGCAAUUAGCUUGAUGCUGGCUGGGAUCAACAACCAUCGACUAUUCCUUCCUUGGCAGUGCAGUCAUAAUUAAGGGGAGCUGAAGCUAGAUACAGCUUAUUUGCAAUAACAAAGACCUUGUUACGAAAUUCUGGUUCCAGUUCUCGUUCGACGUCAGCUUGUUGAUAACCAAGAAGCUAAAAUUCAACACUCACGCAGAAGUUGAGCAACUCCCCCAACAGUUCAAUCCAGCUAUUCUAUCUAUUCAUCUGCUUCCUUGAGGUGAUUUAGCCAAUCCUUUAACGACGGAUUAUAGUUGGGAUACGGCUAUCAAAAGUUGCUAAAGAGAGCAAGCAAGAAGCCAUGAACAGCAUGGAAGAGAGACCAAAAUUUUGGAGUGAGAACACAACUCCAUCAGGAACAACUGAUAGGGAGGCUUCCUGGAAGGACGUCGGCACAUCCAUGAAUGCCAUCUCCUUUGGGUUUGUUGCUACAGCAGUCUUAGUAUCCAUGUUCCUCAUCAUGGCAAUCUUCGAGCAUUUACUUGGACCGAGGCCCUCUCACCCUUCAUCUCAAACUGAUGAUCAAGAAUCCAUGGAGAUGGGCCAACAACCAACUCAGACGCAUCCACUUGGGAAGCUCAGCAAUUCAGAGUCUGUGGCAACUCCGUAUCCAGUCGAUGUAUCCGUGUUGAUGCCAGGGCAAAUAUAUCCAACUUACUUAGCCCAACCAGCCCCUCACCCUUGUCCAAGAGAAGGGAUAUAUUGGCCUUCCCAUGAUCAUCAUGCCUUUAGUUCUACGUAGUUCUUCACAUGUAGUAAUCCCAUGCAAGUUGAAAAUAUGGCGCAGGCUCAAAUAAUUAUGGAUCUAAUGAUUUGCCUGUACUAAAACCUGCACCAGAGUACAGCUUUUACCAUCAAUACAUUCAAAAGGGGUAUUAUUUCGAGAGUAUCUCAUCUCUUCUA